AGAUAAUAAAAUACAACUAGACAGGACACUUAGUAUUUUUCACUGUUGUUAUUUUCUUAUUACAAAGUUUUUCACAAUUUUUCCUGACUCUGGCAUAAGAAUGAAGAUUGGAUGAGCAGAGGAAAUGCUAUUUGUUAACGUCCUCCUUGUUCCUUGGUGUUGUCUGAUAUGAUCUUGAAUUUUUUGGCAGAUGCACAUGUGAGUGGGAGAAAGAUAAGUGAAGGAAAUAAAACAGUACACCCUUUUGUCCAAGUCUAAAACUGCUUACUUUAUUUUUUACAGCAACUGGUAAAAUGUCCAAAGAAACGAACAACUUCACCUUUGGGAGAAUAUUCUUCCUCAUGGGGUUCUCUGACAUUCGGGAGACCCAGAUCCUACAUUCUGUGCUCUUUUUGCUAAUUUACCUGGUGGCACUGAUGGGGAAUCUUCUUAUCAUCACCCUCAUCAUCAAGGAUCAUCGGCUCCACACGCCCAUGUACUUUUUCCUAAAGAACUUAUCUUUCCUGGAUCUGUGUCUCAUUUCCGUCACUGUUCCUAAGUCCAUCACAAACUCCCUGAUGAAUUGCAACACCAUUUCAUUCCUUGGAUGUGUGUGUCAGGUUUUUUUCUUCUUUCUCUUAGCCACUACAGAAGUAGCUAUUCUCACGGUCAUGUCCUAUGACCGCUAUGUUGCCAUCUGCCACCCACUCAGAUAUGAGGUCAUAAUGAGUCAUGAAGCCUGUGUGCAGACGGCUGUCUCUUCAUGGGUCAGUGGUAGCCUCAAUGCAAUCCUGCACACAGCUUGCACCUUCUCUGUGCCCAUGUGUGGGUUUCCUGAGGUUCAUCAUUUCUUUUGUGAUAUCCCACAACUGCUCUCCCUUGCCUGUUCUUACAACACUGGUGAAUUGGUAAUCAUUGGGCUCAGCCUCGUGUUGGACUUUGGCUGCUUUGUGUUUAUUGACAUUUCUUACAUUCACAUAUUCUCCACUGUGCUGAGGAUGCCCUCCAAAGAAGGCAGGUCCAAAGCUUUCUCCACAUGCCUGCCUCAUCUCAUUGUUGUGACUUUAUUUUUCUCUUCAGGGUUUUUUGCCUAUUUACGCCCUCUGCCUAAAUCUCCAUCACCCUUGGAUUUGCUGGUUUCAGUGUUCUACACUGUGAUGCCACCCAUCAUGAAUCCCUUCAUCUAUAGCCUAAGAAAUAAGGAUAUGAAGAUGGCAUUCUGGGAACUACAAAUUAGUAGAUAGCAUCUUUCAAAUUAGAAGAGUUAUUCUCACAUACAACAUCAGCUUUUCAUAAUCAUCUAAACCAUAUGGUUACAUAGUCUGGCAAUAAUAUUGGACAUCUAGAGUAAGAGUUCUCAUGAAAAAUCUGGUGGCACUCAUUGGAGUGCUACUGAGAAGUGCCCUUAUGCCCAGAUCGAGUGUGUGGUAAGGCCAGUAGUGUUCCACUUGUAGACACUGGGAAGAAGUAUGCCUUGUAUGUAUCACCCUAGUGGGAGCUCCUUUGUUUCUGACAACUGGACAGGAUGCUGGGACAUUGGAGAUAAACGUGGACACUCCCAGGAAAACCAAAUGUAUGGUCAUUCUUAACAAAGGUGAUAUCUGAAAUGCUAUGUGAGAUGACAUGUAGAAUCAAUUCUCAAAUUAAAGGGACUAGGUAGAGGUGAUAGUUGCACAACCUUGUGAAUGUACUAAAUGCCUCUGAAUUGUACAAGCUAUAAUGGUUGAUUUCAUGUUAUGUGAAUGUCACAACACCAAUAAGACAAAACUAAAACCAAACAAGUCUCUUUUCCUCUUUUCUUCCCCAAAUCUACUAACAUUUCCUAGCAUAGUGUGCAUCCUUGUCAUCUGAAGA